AUGAAGCAGGCUAAAGACUGGCUUUCGAUCGUAAUGGUUUUUGGGUACCAUUGCCGUGGUUGCAUGGCGUCCAGUGGCGUACCUUUGCAGUGGAGUCGUACUUCGCUGGAUGGGGAUGAAGGGGGCGGCGUGGGAGCUGCGCUAGCGCUUGCGACUGAAGAAGCCUCGUUUGUCUCGGAGGUGCCGAAGGCGGAGGCGUCAGGCAACGAAGCCACGAAGGAGCAGCAAUUGUUUCUCUUGCUCUGGGGAGUGAAUGACAAAAAAACGCUGCUGGAACAACGAAGCAAGUCCCCACUCGACCUGGGCGAGUUUCUCGAGGCAAACGUGUUCAAGCCAAUCACGAAAUUCGCUAGAGCACGAGCUGAUCAGCAGAUCGAAAAACUGGACAAGGCGGAGAAGGAAGCGGGAGAGAAGGCGCGAAUAAUGCUUCCAGAUUCGAUUGGCGACCUGACGGCAGCCUGGAGUGCGGUUAUGAAAGAGAUUGCGCCUCCGAAUUUGCCUGCUGGUAUCGAUGUCGACAAGGAAGUCAAUACAAGAUGCGAAGAGUUUUGCAGGACGCGACUAGCGGAGGCAACCGGAAAUAAUGUGGCCCUUCGAGUGGCCCUUUUUGGCCUGCUGUACGUGAAGAGCGGCCCAUGGAAAGCGACGCUAAAAGAAACGUUAAAGCAGAAAAACGAGGAGGCUUCGUAUUCGACGCCAGCUCAGACCUUGGGGGCAUGUGCUACUGCUACAAGUAUACCAGAAGGAGAAAAACGGACUGUAGAAGGAGAGCAAGGAGCUACGAAGCAAGAAGCCCAACCUCCUUCGCCGAGGGUCGCGCCCUCGCAAGAACAAGCUCCAGAAGGUGCAGCUCUUGAAAGUUUUCUUGCGCAAGCUUACCGGUGGAUGAAGCGGCCUGUCGAGAUGGUUUGGGACAAACUAGCGAAGGAGGCCAGGAGCCAGAAUACAGGCGAGUCAGUGCCCGGGGCCGAGCAAUAUUUUGCGUCUGCUUACGAUCCGCGUAGCGUGUCACAGUCGGCGGGAUUGCUUGAGCAACCCGGGCAGGAUGGAGGAAGUAGGGUUCUUGUAAGUAGAAGGAACGCGAACAAGUGAGUGUGUAGCUUCACGACUGGCGGAGCCGUAGCAUUGCGUUGGUCAACACAAGAUGAACAAGACGAAGUUAGAGCUACGGAGUCGCUUUUGAAGAAAUCCACGAAGUCGCAAUGAUAAGUGGUCACUCGAAGACAAUGAACAUGAAGAACGGCUUUCGCUGGAGCCACUUCGCGUCCUUAUGCCACCGGCAUGAGUGCACGUAGUCUUAGACCGCAUCUGCUGGCGCUCGUGGAGCAACUGAGACAUACGACUGACUUUGUACCCUGAACAUCCUCAACAAGCCGAAAAAUUUCCAAGAACUUGUUGUAUGUUUGUAGACCGCUCCUGGAUAGUGAAGUAAGAAGUCUGAAGCACAGGCUGGCAAGAAGUCGUGGCUAGCUUGCUAGAAGAGAUGGAAAAAAGCGGCGAGGAUGUUUGUUCCCAAUGCUUUGAUAGAUAGUACUUGAGUAGGCCGAAGCUGCUUAGUACUUAGACAAUCACUCUUCCUCUUUCUCAGAAGUGGCAGCGGAUGUUCUCAUGAACACGAGUGAGGACUUCGCUCUUUGUUGGUAUUUAUUUCUUCUUCUAUGUCACGAGAUCUGGGUAGAUGAGGAGCAGUGGCGAAACGAGGAAAAAACGCAUGCCUGAAAUGCAAAAAGUGGAAGCUAGAAUUUGUUGAGAAGAUAACGACGCUGAUGCAGAGAUCAAAAAGGGGCUGACAUAAUGAGGAGACACGAAAACAGAUGCAACAAAGGACAGAAGAAAUAUAGGACAGUCUACUUGCAACUAAUUAGAGAUGUCACACCCCGCGAGUGGAGUUGGUACAUCAAUCAGUCAGUCAAUCAGUCAGCCAGUCUUAGUUUGGCACCGGCGCAACUGUUCCCUUGAUUGAUUUUCCUCACUGAUAUGUUUUAGAUUUUUUCGUGACUAUGGGUGAAGACCCAAAUGAAGUGAUUAUGUGAAGAAGAUCGUCCUGCGUUGCCUGCUGCUGCUGUCUAUCUGGUUGUUUGCAUCUACUCAAAAUAUCUUCUUCUGCGUGCAUCUACUUGCGAAGGAGUGUGCUGAUGAAGUAGAUCCAAAAAUACGAACUUCUGAUCCUGCUGCAAGUCCGUCCAACCGAUUCAUUAGCCUGCUGAUGAUAAAAAUAACCGCAGUCAUUUUUAUUCUUAUCUAUACCUUAAGUCUGUAUACUUCCACACACGACGCAUUUGCAUACUUGUUGUUGCUACGCGACAAAAGCAUGUGGCUCAUCUUCUCCGAAAAUCCUACUACCAAACAUGAUCAUGAACAGCAAAGAGAUGGAAAGCCUUCUAUCGUGUGUUUUCCUAAGCCUUUUCAUGUUAGGGUGCAGGAGUAGACG